GAGAGGGAGGACAUCGCAAAGAAGAUGAGAAGAAGAAGAAGAAGCGCGAAGGAGAAAUUCUCUUGGUGUUUGUCUUCUGCUUGUCCUCCAGUGGACAGAUAAUGCCAAACCAUGUCUGUUUCUGGGACUGUCAGCAACUAUUACGUGGACUCCCUCAUAGGUCCAGAGAGCGAUGAAGUCCCGAGCCCCGCAGCGCACUUCCCCGGCGUUCAGUACCCGGGAUCCAGCGCCUCCGCGGCGGGCGGAAGGCAACCGUGCCCCGCGGCGACCUCGGAGCUCCCGGACUCCUACCCGUCCUGCAGCUUCCAGCCCAAGCCUCCCGUUUUCUCCUCAUCAUGGAGUCCCUUCAGUCCGCAUCACCACGGAGUGAGCGGUGUCCCCGCUGUGUACCACCCGUACAUCCCGGCCCAGCACGUCCCCUCCGCGGACCCCCGCUACCUCCGCUCCUGGCUGGACUGCGCGCCGCCGCGCGGCCCCGACGCAGUCAAGUUGGAACCUCAGCUCGGCCACCCCGGCGGUGAAACUCCCUCCAAAGUCGGAGGACGGCAGCAAGUGGACGGCGGCGCGUACGUCCUGGAGUCCGGGUCCAGAUCCGCGGCACCGGCGGCCGCCAUGCCCACUCUGGGCUUCGGGGACAAUGUGGACACUUGCGAAGGCAGCGAGGACAAAGAAGGUCUGGAUCAAAGUGACCCGUCCACCAACUGGCUGCACGCACGCUCCUCCAGGAAGAAAAGGUGCCCGUACAGCAAAUAUCAGACGCUGGAGCUGGAGAAGGAGUUCUUGUUCAACAUGUACCUGACACGCGACCGCCGCCACGAGGUGGCCCGGGCGCUCAACCUGACCGAGAGACAGGUGAAGAUCUGGUUCCAGAACCGCAGGAUGAAGAUGAAGAAACAGAGCAAGGACCAGACCAAGGAUUAAGCUGUAUCCCAUAACAACACAACAAAACCACACAGCAACAGCACAACACAACAACACAACAACGGGACUUAAAGUCGAAGCAUGCAUCGUUUGGUGACUUGACUAUUGAAGCCAACAGAUGAAGACUUUGCUCCAAACAUCUGCUUGGUAGGAGUAUGCGAUACCACACAUUUUGGUAUCAAUCCGAUACUAAGCCAAUACAGGGCAGGCGUUUCCGAUACUGAUAGCGAUACUUUGUACUUGAAAUGUUUCACGAUCAUUGAAUGCUUUUGUGAUUUUGUAAAUUAUGACUACAAUCGGAAUAACACACUAAACAUGUUUUUCAUUAUUUAUUAUUUGUCAACAAAUUGAACAUGAUAUCAAUAUCAAACCUUUCACAUUUCAACCAAUACGCUACCGAUGCCCACUACCUCAGAACGGCUAAACGGUAGCAAUGUUGGCUAGGUUUGUGUUUGUUAUGUGCUCAUAAAUGUUCAUUUCUCUCAUAAUAAAAUGUCAACAUUUAUUGAACAAGCAAACAUCCAAGUGUUUGUAUUGUCACAGAUUUCUACGCAUGUUUUUUUUCUUGUGUAAAUUGAGUCUACAAUUUGGUUGUUGGUGCGAACGAACUUCAGCCUGUUUGAUGCCGGAUGUGACUGAUGUGUGCUUAUGCAAGCCAGCUACCUCUAAAGUACCUCAGUACCAAUGA